AUGAAGCUGGAGGUGCUUAAGUUUGGGCCAUAUAUUGGGCCCAACCACAUAAGCCCAAAGGAACUUUUGAGCAGAGAAGAUCCCACCAAAGUCACCAACUACAAUCCAGAAAAGCAGCGAAUCACGAAGACGACUGACUCAUCAGCAAUGGGGAGAAAGAAGGGAUUGCCGGAGUUCGAAGAGACGGCGCCGGAUGGAUUCGACCCGGCGAAUCCAUACAAGGAUCCGGUGGCGAUGGUGGAGAUGAGAGAGCACAUCGUACGGGAGAAGUGGAUCCAAAUAGAGAAGGCGAAGAUCAUGCGUGAGAAGGUCAAAUGGUGUUACCGCGUGGAAGGUGUUAACCAUUACCAGAAAUGCCGUCAUCUCGUCCAACAGUAUCUCGACUCCACUCGCGGCGUCGGUUGGGGAAAAGACCACCGUCCUGUCUCCCUCCACGGUCCCAAACCUGAGGCUGUUGAAGCUGAGUAAUACUUUGUGUCUGAUCAAUCUGAGCUUCAGUGAGGCAGGUGACAGGUCUUAAUACAAGUCCAUGAUGGAAUGAUUAUUGGACUGUUCAGAUUUGCUUCUUUUAUUUCCUUGUGAAACAUGCCAGUCUUUGGAUUCAUUCAUGCAAAGGUUUUACAAGCUUGAGUGGUAUAUUGUAUUGCUACACUAAACAUCAGUCUCUCCUUAUGAUACCAAAUAAGUCCCUUUUUCUUCUGUCUACCUUCGUUAUUAUGUAUACCAUAAAUAAAAU